AUUAAUUAAACGAAAAUCUAGACCAUGAAGAAGACUCAGAAGAGCAGUCCUUUUAUAGAAUGAUGUGAACUUCCAAUGCCAAUUCGGAGACUUACCAUAUAUUGGUUGCUAUACCUGUGAAUAGAAACAGAUUGGCUGCAGAAACUAGAUAUAUUAUCUAUGGAUAAUACGGUGGCUGCAAUUUACCAGAUAAUAAUUUCCAAGUCUUGAAGCAAUUUACCUCGUUAAGGGAAUUAAGUCAGAUCAAUCAUCAAGCUCUACACCACGGAUUCAAAAGGCUCCAUCUGUGUUGCAUGACAUCCAGUAUUUCCACCAACACCUUGAACCAAAAGUGUACUCCUUUGGUCCUAUCCACCAUGGUCGAUAUAAUCUUCGACGGGGAGAGGAGAUGAAGCACAAGCUAGCGGCUCAGUUUAUUAGUGAUUAUGAACUCGAUGCAAGUUCCAAAUAUGACAAAAUCUUGAAGCAGAUACGAAAUUUCAGGGAUUGUUAUGAUAAGGAUGUGAUGGAGAAAUACGAUGAUCAGCAGCUUAGCCGGAUAUUUUUUGUGGAUGGAUGUGCAUUGCUAUUCUAUGUAAUUUGCUGCACAAGUGAUGACUUGUAUAGAUUAAGGACUCUGAACAUCACUGCAAUCUUGUCUCACAAUGAUCUUUUCCUUCUGGAGAACAUUUUCCUUCUGGAGAACCAACUCCUUGCUACUGAAAUACUAAGGGAAGGGCUCAACGCAAAGAAUAUGGUACCAGGAAAGCCAAUAGAAACUGAAGUAGUAGAAGGAGAAUGGAAGCCUGAUCAUCUUCUUGAGCUUCUAUGGAUGAAGACUGUCAAUAAGCUUAUUCAAAGUGGUAUCCGUUUGAAGCCUAGUGAUCAGUCAACUUCAUUAACAGACAUAUCUUUUAGAGGAAGAGGAAUAUUUAAGUUGUUGAAGCUUCGACCCUUAAUCAUUGACGAGUCAACAGUGGUUAAAUUAUCAAACUUACUAGCCUAUGAAAUGUGUCCAGGUUUAAAACAUGAACUUGAGGUAAUAUCUUUCGUAUGCUUGGUUAAUUCUCUGAUUGCAGAUGUAGAAGACGUCGGAAAAUUGAUUUCUAAAGGAAUACUGGUUAAUUUACUGUCGAAGCAUGAAGAGGUUUUUAUCAUUUUUCGUGAAAUGGCUAAAAACUUAGUUCCAAAUCCUCACAUUUAACU